AUGUUCGCGAGCCUGUACAACUCGCUCGAGGCGAACCGCGUGACGGCGUGUGUGCAGCAAAGCGGCGCGCGCGCGUGCGCCGGCCUCGCGUGGCAGCGGCGCUGGCUUAUAUUCCUACUUUACACUGAUAUUACUACCCAAUCAACAAUAGCAACUGCCAACCAGUGCACGCAUCAUGUAGUUGCUUUCUACAAGCACCCCACAUAUCCGGAACAGGAUCUGGCGCUUCUGCAACUCGACUGGCCCUUCAUCUCCACCAAGCUUAUCAACAAUCAUACUAUCAAUGGCAAUAUAAUUAAAAAACUGGAUGAUUGGAUGAAGAAAAUUAAAUUAACAGAGGCUGUGCAGUACCAAACAACAUGGGGUCACAACAGAAGUUAUCACAAAAUGUACUCAACUCCUGUGAGAAUGUUUCUUGUGACUGUAGUGUUACCAUCUGCUUCCUUCAUUGUAUUCUUUUUGUUCAUUAUAUUCUUUACUGGUAAUAAGACCAGAGGAAAUAAAAUUCCAUAUAGAAAUCUAAAUAAUGAAAACAAGGAAACUACAUAUGUUUAA